UGUGGUCUCCAAAAAGAGGGCAGGGCAGAAGUGGGCGGACUGCUCGUUUCUGGUGUUUGUGCAUUUAGACGCAGGGUUUGAAACCAGUGUCCCUGAGUGAAGGAGGAAUUACACUUGAAGACACAAGACGGUCGACAGUCAACACACAGUCAUCAUGCUGAUCCUCCUCGCUGGCAUCUUUGCCGUUCACAUAAUUGGCAUCAUCCUCCUCCUGGUGGCUACUAUCGACAAUGCCUGGUGGAUGACUGACACCAUUUCCACCGACGUGUGGGGCCGGUGGAUCAAGGAAAACGGCAUUUGGAACAUAACCGAUAUUCCCGAAGGAGCACACUACCCACAAGAUUACCUCCAGGCAGUACAGGCCAGCUCCAUCCUCGCUUGCAUCUUCUCCAUCGUGGGCAUCUUCGUGUUCGUGGCCCAGCUCUUCACCCUGGAAAAAGGGAAGAGGUUCACCAUCUCCGGCAUCUUCCAGUUCCUCGCCUGCCUGUGCAUCAUGAUCGCAGCCUCCAUCUACACAGACCGCUUCCACCUCGACGAGUCAACCGGUUGGUAUGGCCACUGCUUCAUCCUGGCGUGGAUCUCCUUCGCGCUCACGCUCAUCUCCUCCAUCAUUUACUUUGUGCUACGCAAGAAGACGGCGUGAGAAGGACACUAGAGCUCGCCCCGACCGGCCCAGACUCCUUUUGGCCGGAUCUACUCCAUCAGCUGAAAUCUGGGUUUAGUUAGAUUUUGCAGAUUUCAGCUGCUCGUGUAAAUCCAGCCGCAGAUAGAACAGACGCGUUGAUCCCCUCAAAUACACACCGGUGUUUUACUGAGUCUGUUCCAGAUCAUCAGGAUUUUUGUGCUUUUUGCUCAGUCGAUCCCUGUUUUUUGUAUUUGAGGGAGUUUUCAAUUUGAGAGUUUGAGCCGGUUUUUUCCUCUGAGGAUUAAGAAUAUUAUUUUUGUAGUUAUCUGAACAAAAAAAGGCCUUGAUGUUUAUAAGAUGAUAAAUUAAGAUCUAACAUUGUGUCUGGCUUGCAUCAAAAGCCAAAGAGUGAAAUCUGUGGUCUUUCUUUUUUUAGUAAUGUACAUUUAUAUAUGGAUACGACUGUUGGAUAAAGAGACGCGACUUUAUGAUUUUAGCAUAUUGUUGUUUUUUUUCUUUCGAGACUAUAUUGUUCGUACUGUUACCUGCUCCGUUCUGACUUUGUAUAACGUGCCACUAGUUAACAAACGACACGAUGCCAAGGAAAUUUUUUUCAAAGUGCUCGGUAAAUCUGUGCCUGUUUGUUCCAUCUACAUGUCACGUGCUGAUCUGUGUGUAUCCUCACGAUACAACUAUGCAAUGACAUAAAAUGAAAAAUACCCAAAUGAUAUCUUCUAAUUAUUUGUAACUAGGAAGACAGGAAACUGGUUUUAAUGUUAGAUAUCCACUCUGAUGGCUCUCUGGUCCUUUCACACCAAUAAACUGAUUAAACGCGUCCACUUACACACACGUACAUAUGAAAAUCAACAUUUUACACAAAUAAAAUAACCAAAUAUAGACGUAAAUCCAAACUUAUACCAGUAACAUAUCACUUUCAGAUACUUUCAGACAAACCAGCUCCUUUCGAUGCAGAAAUAAAACUGCUUCGACUCUUAAGAGUGUGAGAUAUAAUGUGUAAAUAUGAUUUGUUUCCCAACAAUGUUCCACAUGUCAAAUGAUUUAAUUUGUUUCUGCGACUGUUACUUCUCACCGUGAAUGACAAUGAUUUGACGAUAUUAAAAACUUGAUUUUCAACCUGAA